UCAGCGAGGCGCUGGCAGGCAAGCCCGGCUGUGUUAGCAUAAGCGUCCGUUGGUUUAUUUGGGCGCGGGAGUGACGUCCGACCCUCCCCGAAGGUGGUCGUGGCGCCGCGGUUCGUUGCCAGUGCGGACCUGACGCUGCAGACGCCCGCAGUUGGUGACGAGGAGCGCACGCAGGUGUUGCGCCGCUCAAGGGGUUGUGAGGUGUUGUUAGGGGUUACCGCGGUUGUGUUCGUCGGCGACGCGUCUCGUGCGAUCUGAGUCUGGAAUAACGGAGUAUGUUGAGCAUGGAAGCUCGAACCGUCCGCCGAAUCGCUCGUCUUCGAAUCAGGACGUGAAAGCGGUGUGUUUCCUAUGACACUGUAGAGAAAGGAGUACUUGUCUUCAGCAAAGAAGUUCAGCUCGCAAAUCGGGGCAGAUGCCGGAGGACUGGGAGAAGGAAGCCGACCUUGAGAAGAAGCAACAGGUCCUGGAGGCGUGGGGCAAGAGCGUGGGCGCGGGCAGGAUGGCUUCCGAGGAGGCGAUGGAGCUGCAGCCGAAGGGGAGGGACGCCCCGGCGCCCGAAGGGACGGGGGAGGACGGCGACCAGGGAGGCUCCUGCUGCUGCCGCUCGCCGUGCGGGGAGUGCUUGGGCAUCUUCCUCAAGUACACGGUAGGUCGAACCAUGCAACUCUCCCUAUACGUACUAGACAUAGUAACGGACAUCGGCGUGGCUGUUACUGAUUAUCGAGCAGGAGACUACAUGUUCGCCUACCUGACGCUGGGCUUCGUGUUCGCCCCCGGGUUCCUGUUCUCCCUGUUCGCCUUCACGGAGGUCCUCAGCAACAACACGGGCCUCUUGGCGUGCUUCAAGGCGCCGCUCUGGCUCAUUAGCUUCCCGGUCCUGCCCCUUUGGCCGGUCGUGAGGGAUUUGCGUCAGAUCUUCCACGGCGUGAUGGCUCUCUUCCCGUCCCGCCGACAGCACCACCUCGAGUACCUGAAUCGCCCGAGUCGCGCCUACCUCGUCAAAUUCCUCGAGGCGUUUGCAGAGGCGGCGCCGCAGCUCCUGCUCCGCCUCUACAAGAUCACCCUCAGGCGACAACUCUUGCCUUUCUCUCAGUUCGAAACGUUGGAGAUCGUGCAGAUAUCCUUCUCGCUGCUCACUCUCACCACCAAGAUCAUCUCGACGCACCAGAAGAACAUCACCACCAGCCAGGUCAUCAACGGGGACAUGGAGGACUCUCAGCGCUUCAGGAUGCCGUGCUUCGUCCAGAUUCUGGCAGUGCUCUGGUGGGCCGGCUUCUUGGUCGCUCGGUUCCAGGCGAUGGCGCUCUUUGCUGGCUCCUGGAAGGCCUGGAUCUUCCUCGUGAUCGGCCUCCACGUUGCCCUGGUGUUCCUCUUCCAGACCGUCGCCGCGGGGAAGAACAGGCUGAAGAGGGUCUUCAUCUACCUCUUUAGCGCCUUUGUCUUCAUCUUCGCUUACUUGCAGUUCAACAUGAAAGCGAGGUUAAAGGUGGCAGCUUGGUUCCCUUACACUGUGUAUGCAAUACUGGUGUUCCUGGAGAACUCGGUCAUGCUCGUGAUGUGGUUCAUGAGCCAAAUGAACGCCGCGUCCGCCUUGCCCGAAGAGGAGCAGGCGGUUUACACCAUUCACAGGGAGCGGCUCAUCUUCAUCCACUACGGCUGCUUCUGCUUCAGCCUCUUCAUGAUGAUCCUCACCUUCGUCUGCGCCCCAGGGCCUCCCCCCGACGCCCGCGAGGAGGACGAGAAGGAGAAUGUGGGCGCCACCGUUACGAAGGUGUCGAGCUUCAGCCACGGAUGAAGGUGUGAAUGAAGGUGCUAAUUAAAGACAAAGAUUUGAUCGUAUUUGAUUUGUUUUGCGUCACUUUGUAUUCGAAACAUACAAACAUUAAGAAUGUAUAAGAAAUAAAGAAAUAUUCUCUAAAA